AUGUCGAAGCACGGCUUCCUUCUCACGGACGAUGCUGUCGCCGAGAGGCUUAUAAGCGAAGCCAACGAUGACUCCAGGAGAGCAAGGCCCGAGAACAAGCCCAAGCCCAACACGAGGUUCCUGCGCAACAUCAUUCGCACGACCGAGAACCACAACGCGGCGCUUCUGGCCAAGGAGGCCGCCGAGUCUCGGGCCCGGCUCCAGGAGCUGCGCGAGACCGAGCUGCGGCUGCGUGAGCGCCGACGCCACCGACCAGAGCCCCACGAGGUGCGUCGGCGGCAGAUGCGCGACAUCUCGGCGAUUCUCCAUGGCGGCGGUUGCGGGAGCAACAAGGCUAGGAGGAGGGCGUCGUCUUCUCAUGGCCGUGGCCGUGAAAGGGACCACGGGCGGGAGAGACGCCGAUCAUGCUCGCCAGAUGGUGGUGGCCAAGGACAUGGCCGUCGGUACAGAAGAGAGCGCUCUCCUUUGGGGGGGGAUGAUGGCGAAAUACACGACCGUCGACACGGAAGAGAGCGCUCUCCUUUGGGGGGUGAUGAUGACGAUGGCGAAACACACGACCGUCGACAAGGGCUCCCGCCGUCAUUGCUAGCUCGUGGACUCGGUUCCCUCCCGCCGUCAUUGCCGGCUCGUGGACGAGGAAAUACAGCACCCGCGUCCGGCAUAGAUGCCCGCUUCUCGGAAUCGUAUGAUCCCACGUCCGACAAGGGAGGAGGGUGGGAUGAUAUGGCCGAGGCAUUUAGGGAUCGGCAAAAGUGGAAGGCACAGGGUGCCGAGAGACUCCGUGCCGCUGGCUUCACCGAGACGCAGAUUCAAAAGUGGGAGCGAGGAGCCGGCACCGGGCGAGGUGAUGGCGGGGAUGCCCAUGCGGACGACUUUUGCUGGUCCAAGAAGGGGGAGUUGAGACAAUGGGACCGUGGAAAAACAGUCAACCCCGACGGGUCCGUAUCGACGGGCCCUGACUGGGCCAAGUAG